AUGUGCAUGGAAUUUGAUAGGCGCAAAGGUGUUCUGUUAGAUACCUCUUUACCAUCCAGCGACCAGCGCAAAGCUGACGCCAUCGUUCAAGCCAAGGAUGAUUUCGAGAAGGACCCUCAAAAACGCCCGAUUGAAUCGGAAACCCCUGGUGUGAAGAAGGUCGAACGCUUCAGCCAUGUCCUCUACCACUCCGGCAAAAGCGGCCGCACGCUGCUCUUCAUCCUUGCCGCGUCCAUCGGCCUUACCAUGUUUGGUUAUGCUCUUGAUCAAGGCAUCACCUCACAGUUCACAGUCAUAGCAGCAUCUGCUUUCUCGCACCACGCUGAAAUUGGAGCAGUCAACACCGCUUCCAGCAUUAUCCGAGCUAUAUCGAAACCAUUCAUCGGCAAGCUGAGCGACAUCACAAGUCGACCAACAACCUACGUUGUGGUACUUGUCUUCUACGUAAUCGGCUUCGUGAUUGCAGCAACCUGUAAAAGCAUCGGCGCCUACAUUAUCGGCAUAUCGUUCACUGCCUUUGGUAAAUCGGGUCUUGACCUUUUGGGCGACAUCAUCGUUGCUGAUUUGACACCACUGGAGUGGCGCGCUUUCUGGUCCUCAAUGCUCAGUGCUCCGUUCAUCAUCACUGUCUUUAUCAACGGCUUCAUUGCGGACGCCAUGAUUCCGGAUCACUGGCGUUGGGGAUUAGGCAUGUUCGCCAUUAUGAUGCCGGUGCUCCUGAUACCCGCAAUUUUCACCCUGUAUGGGGUUCAGAGAAGGGCGGACAAGCUAGGCGCUAUAUCUUUUGGCGAAGCUGGCAUGGCACGCAGAGAAGGCAUUAAGGUUCGCACCGGAAAAGACUAUCUCAAUCUCGCAUACCGCGGCAUCAUCGACAUCGAUCUUGCUGGCCUGAUACUGCUUGGCGUCGGCUUCUCACUCGUGCUGUUGUCGUUCAACCUUACAAAGACUGCCAAUGGAGGAUGGAGCAAUCCGAGCAUGAUCGCAAUGAUCGUCACCGGCUUCGUGGUACUUGGAUUCUUCGCCGCCUUCGAAAUCUUCUUCGCGCCGAAACCAAUCAUGACUCGGCGCAUCUUCCGCAAUCGAGCAUUUAUCUGUGCAUUGCUCGUCAACGUGUUCAACCAAAUGGCGAGUGCAACAAGAAACAACUACUUCUCGUCUUACGUUUACAUCAUCAAAGAAUGGUCCAACUACUCCUGGAACACAUUCCUCAAUACCACAACACUCGUGCUAUGCAUCUUCGGUUUACUGGGCGGCCUCAUUCAUCGCUACAGCCAUCGCUACAAGUCGCUCAUGGUACUUGGCGCUGUACUCAAGCUCAUUGGCACCUGCAUUCAGAUGACGAGCGAUUUGAGAAGUACACAAUCUACUGCUGCUCUUGUAAUGUCACAACUCCUCCUGGGUUGCGGUGCGUUCACCGUCAUCGGCGCGCGAGUUGGCGCUCAAGCCUCCGUGCCACACGAGGAUCUGUCAUCCGCAAUCGCCAUCACAUCCUUGUGGAGUACGCUUGCGUCUUCAGUAGGCUACACCAUCGCGGCAUCGAUCUGGACAGAGCACAUGCUUCCGUACAUGCGCGAAGAGAUGCCUAGCGUCCCAGAAAAGACCAUUCAAACGAUUUACGGCAGUAUCAAGACGUUACGGACCAAGUAUGACUGGCAAGAUCCGAUCCGCCAGAGUGCUGUGCGCGCAUACACGCGUGUGAACGGCAUCAUAUUCAUCGCUGCCAUCGUUCUCAACGUCGUCCCGGUGAUACUCUCGAUCUGCAUGCCAGACUACUAUCUCGGAAAGCAACAGAAUGCAGUCACAAACACGGGUGUUGAUGGACAGCCCGUGCAAGUUCAAGGCCGUCGGAAUGAGACGAAGAAGCCUGGUAUAUUCGCCAAGGUGAAGAGAUUUUACAGGAGAGAGACCUAA